AUGCGCUUGUCCAGCGCCAACCUGGCCGCCGGGCUUGUCUUGGCUGGUCGAGGUGUCGCAACCACAGCCGAGAAGGUCGCCCAGGCUGACAGCAACCCUGGCUAUCUAGCCGUACCAGUCGGCAUAGUACCGCGAACGCAUCGCAUCGAAAAGCGAACCAAGAAUGCCAAUGCCAUCCAGACGACGUUGGAAAAUAUGAACUUUUUCUACGCUGCACAAAUUGGUAUCGGCACUCCGCCCCAAAAAAUCACUCUUCUCAUUGACACGGGUUCAAGUGAAUUAUGGGUGAAUCCAGACUGCCGGACAGCGCGACCACAAGAUGCUCAGCUAUGCGCCCAAUUUGGUCAAUACAACCCUCGCAAAUCGCAGACCCCGCCAUUGGGACCAUUCGGAAAGGAAGAAAUUCGUUUUGGUGACACGACAGACGAGUCAACACUGACAUCUGUCAAGCUUACAUAUUUUACUGAUAAGAUUGCGUUUGGCUCAUUGUCCAUCGAGAACCAGACUUUUGGCGUGGUGACGGAAAGCAAGCGCCAGUCGCAAGGCAUACUAGGCCUCGCACCGGACUUGCGCGCGGGUUUUGAUGGCGACGAGCCGUAUAGCCUGGUGUUGAACAGCAUGGCCAAACAAGGGGUAAUAGCCAGCAGGGUGUUUUCUCUGGAUCUGCGCCACUCGGAUACGAAGACUGGCGCCCUCAUCUACGGCGGACUCGACCGAAGUAAGUUUGUCGGCACGCUGGAAAAAGUGCCCAUCAUCAAAGGCCUGCAGGGCGAGACCCGACUGGCCGUGUCGCUUGACACGCUGGGCAUCACCAUGUCGCAAGAGAAAAAUUAUAGGCUGCAGGGCAACGACACGAAUGUGAUGCUCGACUCGGGCACAACCAUUUGGCGACUGCAGGCCAACGUGGCGAUGCCUAUCCUGAAAGCGCUGCGCGCCCAGUCGGAAGGUAAUGGCUACUUCUAUAUUCCGUGCUCGGCCAGAAACCAGCAAGGGUCGGUGGACUUUGGGUUUGGCGGGACGACGGUCAGGGUGCCGUUCAAAGACUUUAUCAUCAACGUCGGGGAUCCGUACACGUGCUACGCGGGAAUUGCCCUGACGGGCGGGCAGCAAAUUCUGGGCGAGACGGUGCUUCGGGCCGGAUACUUUGUCUUUGAUUGGGACAACAAGGCAGUACACAUUGCGCAGGCGGCCGACUGCGGCGACUCGGACAUUGUGAAGGUUGGCACGGGCAAGGAUGCAGUACCAUCUGUGACGGGCAGCUGCGCCGCGUCGCAGAUUCUCUCAGCCACGAGCAAGGCGGUGCAGACUAUUCCGGUUGACGGCGGUGACGAAGCCAGCGCAGCAGCAACGACAUACACGGUAACGGAGUGCCCUGCAUUUGACCCCAAGUGCCAAACGGAGAUGAUCAAGACAGCGACUGCGCAGGCUACUCCGACUGAGAGUAGCGGGGAGGGUGAAAACGGCGGGAGCGGAAAAGACAGCAGUAAUGGCGACAAGAAGAAUAGCGGAGACAGGACGAUAUUCUUGGAUUGA